UCCGAGUAAGUAGUGUGCAUGGCCUACCCUUUGGACGCCGAUGGCGGCGGCAAGUGGAAUGGCGACGCGUUUGCAUCGAGCCUGGGAGCCGACUUGCUGACGUUCUCCGUGGCGCCGCUCACGCACGUCAUGAAGACAGUCGGCUCGACGCUGCAGCAACACGACACGCUCUUGGACGAACUCGCAGCUGCGCUUGCCAAGCUCCAGCACCUCCAGCAGGAGACAAACCAAACACUCGUUCAAGUAAAAGCCAACGACCCGAGCGCGAUUCGUGACGAAGUCCUCGAGAUGGUCGACGGCCUCCAAAAGCGUAUCGAGAGCUCCGAAGCCGACAUUGCGCAGGCGGCCGCGCUCAGCAACGCGCUCGGCGGGAAAGUUGCCAUCAUUGAAGAGCACGAGGCCAAGCUGGACGGCGUCGAAGCCAACGUCCAGGACCUCGCAUCCAAAGUCGAUCACAUGUCGGCGCGCAUGAGCGACUUUUUACUCCCGAACGCACUCGAAGGUCUCAAAGCCCAGAUUCUUGACGAGCUCCAAGACGAGAUUCUCGCACACAUCCGGGCAGAAAUUGGCGCACGGAGAUCGUCCAAGCCGGCACCCUCCUUGGGGUCCAACGGCUCGGAUCUCCACACCGAAGAGAGUACAAAUGACGCGAGCGCCAGCACCAUGGAGGCUACCACGCUCGGCAACAUCCCAGACAACGAGAGUGACGACGAUGACGAUGAGGUUGAAGUCGAAAACAAUGCCAGCAGCAACGAAGGGUCUCAGGGUACUGACGACAGUGUCAAGGCAACCGAGCAGACAUCAGUGCACGUGGCACCAGCGAAACAAGAACUCGAGACCUCGGACAUGGCCACGACCUUGGUCCCCGCGGCGACGCGUCACGGAUCCCGUCGGGCCACGGGGGUGCGCUUGUCCUUGAAAACGGGGCCGGCGACAGAUGAGCUCGAGACGCAGCUUCGGGAGCUCAACGCCCGCGUCGCCCGCGCCGAGCGCGAUCGCGAGGACGUGCUGGAACGAAUGGCGCAGCUGCAGCAGUCGGUGACGCACGAGUUGCGCGAGGUGAGCGGGCGCCCGCCGACGUUUGCCUCGCCGGCGGUUUUGGAGCCCAAGGCACCCACCGAGCUCGUCAAUGCAGCGUACGAGACGGCGUUGGAGACGCAGCUGGCCAAGAUUAUGGAGCUGACCAAGCAGUUACAAGCGCUGCAGGGCAGUGUAUCGACUAACGCGGAGGGUGUGGAUGCCAACAAAACUGCCAUCAAGGCAACCCAAGACGACUUGCGCAAGCUUCGUCGCCAAGUAGAUGAAUUUCAGGAAACCCAGCAACUCAUGCAAAGCUUUGCCCCAGCAUCCUCGUCGUCGACGUCGUCGGGCGAGCCGUCCGGAACGUCCGCCGUCGGUGGUGGCCCCGACCUCUCGAUGGUGUUUGCCAAGCUCGCCGAAAUGCGUCAAGCCCAGGUCGCUGCCUCAGAAGAGCUGCGCGAGGCCCUCGACACGGUGGUGGAGAAGAGCGCCGACCAAGGCCGGGAGAUGCACAAGUGGGUCGAAGCCGUCCAGAGACUGGGGGCUGCCAGCGUCGGGCACGUUGACGCCGAGGCGCGAAAACUCAAGGAAACCCUCCAGCGCCAACUGCACCAACAAGCCGAGCUCAUAUCGAGUGUAAACGAAUGGCUACCCCUCGGCCACGACAUCCACCACGAUCUGCACCACCCCGACGGCCGAAGCCCCGCGAGCCGCAUUGCAGAGUUGCAAAAUCUCGCGCGGCAGUACCACUUGAUCGCGCCGGCAGUCAUGACGCUCGUGGCCGCCCCCGGCGCGCACCAAACGACGCUCUUACGACUGCGACAUGCGCUUGUGGACGCUCCCGACGGCGCGGAGAAAAUCGCGACGUCCGAUUUACUUCAAGCAGCGACGCACGAUGUGUCGGCACUCGACAAGGCCAACGAGACGCUACUGCGCGCAUAUGACCAGGCGCGCGUCAUGAUUGACGAGCUAUGGAGUGAUUGGUACGACAAGCAGCACAGCGAUACCCGCCAAAUGCAGGACCAGCUCGCAAAAGACGUGGUCGACUUGCGCCAGAUACAGCAAGUGCUUGCACGCCCGGCGGCACCGAGCGGCAGCAACGUUCCCAAGGAGUCGGAGCGCAAGGCGAGUCAUGUCGCGGUUGGCGUGCUCGACAAUGCAGGAUCGCUGAGCGGACACCACAACGAAGCGCUCAAGAAGAUGGAGCAGCUUCUUUUGACGGCUCAGCGCCGCAUGGACGGGUUCGAAGACGACCUGCGUGUGCUGAGCCGCAACGUGCUCGCGUACCGCAACGACCUCGCCGACAAGGUCACGGAGGGCCACCUCGCCAAGCUUCGGUUUCAAAUUUACUCGGAGCUCGCCAAGAUCCACACCUUCAUGGGGUCGUCCAAGUUUUCGGCGCCACCGAAAAUGAGUAUCGAGCACCUGCCCGUGUACGAUGACGCCGACAUCAAGGGCACGCUCGACGCCCAGGCCGAGAUGAUCGCCAAGCUUUGCGCCGAGCUGAAAAAAGAAAAAGACGACCGCGAGCGGGAGCUUCGGGACAAGGAAAGCGCGCGCGACCCUGGCACAGACGCAGAGCUCAACAAGAUCUCGGCCGAGACCGACCGGUUCAACACGCGCCUCGAGAGCAUCACGGAGAAGGUCGCGGAAAUGUUCGUAUCGUUGGAAGUCAACCGGUCGGCAACGCAGCCGCGGCACACGAUUCCCAUCUUCAACCCCGCGCAGAUGCUCGACUCAUUCGCGCAGACGAUCGAGGCCAAGCUUGCCGAAACGCAGGACCUCACAAAGAAGGACAUUGAGCGCAUCCGCGCUGAGCUCGGCGACAACGUCCGCGCGCGCGUGCGCCGGGCGAUGGAGUCGCUCAAGGAUCAGAUGCCGUCAGGCUUGGACAGCGCUGCGACGACCGCCGUUGGCACGGUGUGCUGCAUUGCGUGCAGUCGCCCCGUGCGCUUUGACGUCUCGACCGGCGAUGUGGUCCGCGAGGUUCCGGGUGACAUGCUGGGGCUACCCCAUCACCACGACGACGAGGAAACGGGGGACCGCGACGAUCCGGAAUUUGUGUACCGCGCGGGCUUUCGAAUGCCAGUCAACGACAAGAAAAACAUUCUGCCGCUGCUCGUUUCGCCGCGGCUACCAGCCAAAGGCCGGCUCGAGAAGCCCAAAGGCAGACGCCUUGUCAAGAAAGAUACCAAUCGCGUCGACUCGCUACUCCGAGAGGUCGACGAGUUGGAUCAGUCGGCGAUGACAAUGACGGAGCGACCCGCCAAGUCCAUCGACAAGAAGGCGAUUGAGGCGAGGAGACCCAUUGCGCCCGCGCGGCCCUGACGUGUGUAGAAUAACAAUGACCACCAUGACCAUCACUGAGCAUACCUUGUUGCAGCCCUCUGCCCAUCGAGCGUCAUCAAGGGUCCGUAUACAGUUUAUUAACCCUUGUCUUCGUGGA